UGUUUUUAACCCUAAAUUCUAAACUUUAAACUUCAUUUUAAAAAAAGAAAAAUGGCCAAAUUCUUUAACCUUUUUUUGGUUUUAGCUGUCGUUUUAGCUUUUGCAGCAGCCAUUCAAGCUCAGCGUUGUGGUCCCAACCAGGAAUUCUACCCAUGCGGGUCUGCCUGUCCUCCUAAAUGUGGUGAAUCUGGCAUGAAAGCAUGCGCUAUGCGAUGUGUUGUUGGUUGUCAGUGCAAGCAAGGUUACUUGCUUAACUCAAAUAACGAGUGCGUUCCUCCAGAAGAGUGCUAAUUAAUUUGAUUUUUAUUGAAGGCAUGAUUUUAAUAAAAUGAUUUGAAAAAAAUUAUUAA